UCUCGAUCACCGUUGCGCGCGCCGCCCCGCGCAUUGUCUUCUCGAGGGCCAACUGGUCCCCCUGCUUUCGCCGCCAUGUCGGACUACUUGAUGACGAUUGACUCGGACACCGAGGAUGCGGUGGUCCCGCAGAAGUCCUCGAAGCCCGAGGCGGAGGGACCGCAGCUGGACGCGGGGUUCACAUUCGACCUGACGGGGGAUUCCUAUGCGGAUAUGCUCAGUCAGGCCGCGGAAUUCCAGGAUGUGGUGAAGGAGGGCUCGAAACCGGCGCCUAUAUCAGUUGACGACAUCAUUGCUCGCCGCAAGCUGAAGCGCAAACGCGAGGCGGCUGCAGAUAGCGACAUUGAAGACGACUCGGAGGAGGACGAGGAUGAUGAUGAAGAGGCCGACCUCGAGGACGGAGAAGAAUCUGAGGAAGAUCCCCUCGCGACAUCAGACGAAGAGGAUGGCUCAGGGGAUGAAGAGACAGACGGGGAAGACGAGGAAGAUGAGGAAGAGGAGGGGGACGCAUCCGACGACUCAUCCGACGACUCUGACGAGGAGACGCAAGCAGAGAAGGACCGCAAAGCAGCCUACUUUGACUCGGAGUCUGGUGCACCAGCAGAACACUCGUCCUUCCUUACUAUGAACCUCUCGCGCCCCAUUCUGAAGGCACUUACUACCCUUGGCUUCACCAAACCUACCCCUAUUCAAGCUGCCACCAUCCCUGUUGCGCUGCUCGGCAAGGACGUCGUCGGUAACGCCGUCACUGGUUCCGGAAAGACCGCCGCGUUCACGAUACCCAUGCUCGAACGUCUAUUGUACCGCGAAAAGGGCAAGAAGGCUGCUGCGACGCGGUGUCUGGUCCUCGUACCUACUCGUGAGCUGGCUGUGCAGUGCUACGAAGUCGGCAAGAAGCUGGCUGCCCACACGGAUAUCGAGGUCGCGCUCAUCGUCGGUGGUCUAUCCUUGAAGUCACAAGAAGCCACGCUACGUGCGCGUCCGGAUAUUGUAAUCGCUACGCCGGGUCGUCUCAUCGACCAUAUCCACAAUUCCCCGUCCUUCACCCUCGAUAAUCUCGACGUUCUGGUGCUCGAUGAAGCCGACCGCAUGCUCUCGGAUGGUUUUGCGGACGAGCUAACGGAGAUCAUCAAGGCGUGCCCCAAGUCUCGGCAAACGAUGCUGUUCUCCGCGACGAUGACAGACUCCGUCGACGAGCUGGUCAGGAUGUCACUCGACAAGCCCGUCCGUCUCUUCGUGGACCCCAAACGAAGCACCGCGAAAGGCCUGAUCCAGGAGUUCGUCCGCGUGCGUGCCGGUCGCGAGAAGGAGCGGUCGCCGCUGCUUGUCGCCCUUUGUACGCGGACGUUCAAGACCCGCGUCAUCAUCUUCGUGAGGAGCAAGAAGCUGGCGCAUCAGCUCCGCAUCGUCUUCGGCCUGGUUGGCCUGAAGUGCGGCGAGCUUCACGGUGACCUUUCGCAGGAGCAGCGCUUGAAUGCCCUGCAGCAGUUCCGCGACGGAACCGUCGAUUACUUGAUGGCCACCGACCUCGCUUCUCGCGGUCUGGAUAUCAAGGGCGUCGAGACCGUUAUUAACUACGACAUGCCGGGCCAGCUGGCGCAAUACCUCCAUCGCGUUGGUCGUACGGCGCGUGCCGGGAAGAAGGGUCGCUCUGUGACCCUCGUCGGCGAGGGCGAUCGCAAGAUGCUGAAAGCUGCCAUUAAGCAUAGCACCGGCCAAGAUCAGAUCCGCCACCGAACUGUGCCUCCGGAGGUAGUCGCGAAGUGGACGGAAAAAUUGGAGGGCCUCAAGGACGAAAUCUCGGAGAUCCUGAAGGAGGAGAAGGAGGAGAAGCAGAUUCAGCAAGCGGAGAUGGAGCUCCGCAAAGGACAGAACAUGAUCGAGCACGAGAAGGAGAUAUUCUCGCGCCCAGCGCGAACUUGGUUCCAGACCGGAAAGGAGAAGGCGUCAGCGGAAGCCGUUAGCAAGGAGCAGUACGAGAAUGGGCUUGACAUGGCCAAGGCGCCGAAGUCCAAGAAGGGCGCGGACGAACCAAAGCCCAAGAGAGAUAAGUUUUCAGGUCUCUCCCGUAAAGCCAAGCGGAGAAAGCUUGCGAACGAGGAGGAUGAGGCAGACACAAAGGCGGUGGCUGCCGCUAUCCGCUCCGCAAAGAAGGCCAGUCGACCUACGAAGAUCGGUCUUCCGGAGGCUCGCACGGCAAAGUCCGGGAAGAGCAAGAAGAUGGGGAAACCUGUCAAGGUCACGGGCAAGCGCGCAGGUGGAACUUUCGACCGCGAUCUGGGGCAGAAGGGGGCGAAGAGCUCAAGUAGUGAGGGCAUACGCGCGAAGAAGAGCGACGCCGUCGGCCGCGUCGGCAAGAAGCCUGGCAAGAGAAAGGGGAAGGGGAAGUAAACGAUCUUCUGUUGUAUCUUUUCAUCUCCGUGUAUGACGCGCGUGAACGCGCAUUCGUCUGAUUGAGCUGUGAUUGCGA